AUGUCAUAUUCUUCCUCCGUGGAAUCAUUUCGAGAUAUUCUCAACAAACCAUGGAAAACCUUCCUUUUCCCCACCAUCAAGAGCGAUCACUUCUACCUAUUCCUAAAACUUGGCCUCGCCAUCUCCAUCAUCUUCCUCGUCUCCCAUUUUUUCUACCUCUCAACCUCUUUCCAAAAACCACAAAUCCAUUACAAUCCAAUAGGCCUAAAACAAAUGUUCCAAUCAGAAAUUCCCAAAACCUUACCCCCAACUCCCAGCCCACCUCAAGAUCCAAUUCCAACCAACCUUUCACACAUCGUCUUUGGAAUCGGUGGAACCUAUUCCACCUGGGAGAAUCAUCGUCACUAUAGCGAACUCUGGUGGAACCCUAAUGUCACACGAGGCUUCGUAUGGCUCGAUACUGCCCCGCUGAAGAACGAAACAUGGCCGAAAACAUCUCCAUUUAAAUACACAUGCGAUUACGGCUCUCGUUCAGCAAUCUGCAUUGCGCGGAUACUGAAAGAGACAUUUAAUCUAGGGUUAGAUAAUGUGAGAUGGUUCGUGAUGGGUGAUGACGACACGGUAUUCUUUCCUGAAAAUCUAAUCACGGUGUUGAACAAAUAUGAUAAUAAUCAAUUGUAUUAUAUUGGUGGAAAUUCGGAGAGUGUGGAACAAAAUGUUGUGCAUUUUUACACGAUGGGUUAUGGUGGCGGAGGGUUUGCUAUAAGCUACCCUUUAGUGGCGGAGCUGGUGAUGAUUUUGGACGGUUGUAUUGAUCGGUAUGCAGAUUUAUAUGGAUCUGAUCAGAAAAUUCAAAGUUGUAUUAGUGAAAUUGGAGUCCAGAUUACCAAAGAACAUGGUUUUCAUCAGGUACUUUUCUUCUUUUACUUUUUCAUUGAUAUCAUUCAAUAUCAUACACUUUGA